CAGGCUGGUGCUCAAAGUUGGACGCGGACUGAAAAUAAUGGUGUUUCCCGCUGAAUUCAGCGGUCCGGUCACCGGAACUGAAACCCGGGACCAGGCUUUGAGUUUGUAAAUGUUGUUUAGGCUAAUCGCGGCUGAAUAACUCCUCCGGCUUGUUUCUGGACUCUUGCUGGUUAUGGCCAGCACUGGCUGAAGUGUUUUGAUCCAGUCAGUGACAGCCUGCAAACAGCAGGGAGAGCUGUGCGGCGACCACACUGCGUUUGAUUAUGAGGGUUUCUAAGAAGUGAAGGACAGCUGGGUGCUGAUUUCUUACUGGGACGAAAAUAAUUCUAACGCAGUGUGUGGCGGAUCACAACCCAAGAAGCCAUGGAGGCCUCACAGGACCUCAACGAACAGAUGGUGACGAAAUCACACAGUGAAUCUCAUGUUCCAGACCCUUCAGACGCCAGGUCUAUGGAAAUGCAGGACCUAGCCAGUCCUCAUAACCGUGUGGGAGGUGGAGAUUCGACGGGCUCCAAGCUAGACAAGAACAACCUUGGCAGCCCCUCCAUCACCACCAAUGGAACAGGAGGUGAAAACAUGACAGUUCUAAACACGGCUGAUUGGCUGUUGGGCUGCAGCAGCCCGCCCCCUGCGCCGGGCUCCAAGGACUAUGUGAAAACAGAGCCCAUGAACAACAGCGAUACAGUCACUACGACAGGCGACACAGUAUUGGAUACAUACGCAGGCUCAGUAAUCACCAGCAGCGGGUACAGCCCUCGUUCAGCCCACCAGUACUCCCCUCCCUUGUACCCAUCAAAGCCCUACCCUCACAUUCUCUCCACACCGGCAGCCCCUCCCAUGCCGACAUACGCCGGUCAGCCUCAGUUCAGCAGCAUGCAGCAGUCGACCGUCUACACGGCUUACUCCCAAACAGGACAGGCAUACGGACUGUCCACCUAUGACCUCGGUGUGAUGCUGCCGGGCAUUAAGACAGAGAGCGGCCUCGCUCAGAGUCAGUCUCCUCUGCAGACAGGUCUCAGCUAUAGCCCUGGCUUCACCACACCCCAGCCCGGACAGACUGCAUAUUCACCCUAUCAGAUGCCAGGUUCCAGUUUCACUCCUUCCUCAGGCCUCUACGCCACCAACAACUCAGUGUCCAACCCCGCCAACUACACUGCCACUCAGCAGGAUUAUCCCUCAUAUACGACGUUUGGCCAAAACCAGUAUGCCCAGUAUUAUUCCCCCUCCAAUUAUGGGACUUAUAUGACCUCCAACAGCUUGGAUGGCACAGGCUCCACGGCAGCCUACCAACUGCAAGACCCGGCCCCUGCCAUGACUGGACAGGCUGCUGAACUUCACCCAGGGGACUUUGAUACAGUGCAGAGCCCCACCACGCCCAUCAAAGAGCUGGAUGACCGAGCCUGCCGGAGCGGGGGGUCCAAGACUCGGGGAAGGGGCCGCAAGAACAAUCCCUCCCCUCCCCCUGAUAGUGACCUAGAGAGGGUGUUUGUGUGGGACCUGGACGAGACAAUCAUUGUCUUCCACUCUCUGCUCACAGGCUCCUACGCACAGAAAUAUGGCAAGGACCCUCCUAUGGCAGUAACGUUGGGUCUGAGGAUGGAAGAGAUGAUCUUCAACUUGGCCGACACACACUUAUUCUUUAAUGACCUGGAGGAGUGUGAUCAGGUACAUAUUGAUGAUGUAUCAUCAGAUGACAAUGGCCAGGACUUAAGUACUUACAGUUUUGCAACUGAUGGCUUCCAUGCAGCUGCAACCAGCGCCAACCUGUGCCUGGCUACGGGUGUCCGCGGCGGGGUCGACUGGAUGAGGAAACUGGCCUUCCGCUACCGACGAGUCAAAGAGUUGUAUAGCUCGUACAAAAACAAUGUGGGGGGUCUGCUGGGUCCUGCUAAAAGAGAUGCCUGGCUGCAGCUCAGAGCAGAGGUGGAGGCUCUGACCGACUCCUGGCUCACCCACGCACUCAAGUCCCUCUCCAUCAUCAGCUCCAGGAGUAACUGUGUAAAUGUGAUGGUGACCACAACGCAGCUCAUACCAGCGCUGGCUAAAGUUCUCUUAUAUAGUCUGGGAUCUGUUUUUCCUAUUGAGAACAUUUACAGUGCAACAAAAAUAGGCAAAGAGAGCUGUUUUGAGCGUAUAGUCUCCCGCUUUGGCACUAACAUUACAUAUGUUGUGAUUGGCGAUGGGAAGGAUGAAGAGCAUGCAGCCAGCCAGCACAACAUGCCUUUCUGGAGGAUAUCCAGUCACUCUGACCUGCUGGCACUACACCAAGCACUGGAGUUUGAGUACCUGUAACUAUUACAGCAAUAUAGACUGAUGCAAUGUUACCAUGGACAUGGUCAGCCCUCUUCUUUUGUAUAACUAUUUAAGAACAAACAAUACACUGCAACUGUUUUUGUGUUUUUCUUUUCGUCUUGAUUUUUUGAACGUCUGGAUUUACAAACUCUAAACGGUCUUAAGAAGCAGAGGAGAGGUGGAAAAAAAAGGGUAAAGACAACAGUGGAGUUAUGAGAUCACUCGACCCAGCGCAGCCCCCGUGGCUGCAAUGACUGGAAACGGACCUGUGAAACCCUGUCUACUGUCCUUGCAGCUGUAGCAGACUGAAGACCUCAUGUUUCUUUGGGCAACUUGUUGAUGUUUGGUUUGUUCUGGAGCACCCAGGCUAGCAUCAGGCCUGUUGUGGGUCACCUGGGACGGACAAUCUUCAAACAGUUAGGGCUUCUCUGUACAGGCAGCAUUAUGUGUGCGGGGAUAACAGCUGCUUUUUCUUCCUGGUGGUGUAAUGAUCACAACAAUGCAGUCUGCGGCAGACACUUGUGUAAAUUAUUUACAAUAAACUUGAGGGCAGUGGUGGAUGUUUUUGUCAAGAAAGGAAAACUUUUGGGGUCUUUUUUUCCCUCUGGAUUUUUGUAAUUCUUUUGGGGGGGGAGGGGGUUGAGGAUGUGCGUCAUGAUGUGUUGUGCCUUAAUGUGUUUGAAUGUCUUCUUUAUUCAGAAAUGUCUGUAUGUAGAUAUAAAAAGGAGAAACCCUAUACAAAUGA